AUGUUGACCAACUUCGUCGUUCUGUGUUUGCAAGUUUCGUGCUGGGACGAUUCCCCGAUAGUUGCUACGAAAUUGGGGAGAGUUCAAGGUGAACUAAGAAGUUCUUUCAGUGGCAAAGAGUAUGUGGCCUUUGAGGGCAUCCCUUAUGCACAGCCACCGAUUGGAGAUUUGAGAUUUAGGGACCCACUUCCUGCCCAGGAAUGGUCGGAAAUCCUGAAACCAAAAACAACAACGUGCGUACAACUGUCGCAAAGUAAUACUGUCAUUGGGACAGAAGAUUGUUUACACCUAAACGUUUACACUCCAAGUCCUAAAAGGCAUGCCAGAACCAAUUUGGAUGUUGUAGUUCAUAUUCAUGGAGGUGGUUUUUCAACUGAAAGUUCCAACAGUUAUGUUAGUCCAUAUUUUUUACUUGACACAGGCAUAAUCCUUGUAACGAUCAACUUCCGACUAGGAAUACUAGGUUUCUUAAGCACAGAAGAUGAACUGAUACCGGGAAAUUUUGGGCUGAAAGACCAGGUACUCGCCCUCCAAUGGAUACAAGACAACAUCAAUUCGUUCGGCGGAAAUCCAAUGUCGGUGACGUUAACCGGCUUGGAAUCGGGGGCUGCGGCAGUUCAUUUACACUACUUCUCUCCCUUGUCCCGAAAUUUAUUUCACAGAGGAAUUUCCCAAAGUGGAACGGCCUUAAAUCAUUGGGCCUUGCAGAAAGAACCCGGUGCUAAAGCGAAAAAGCUGGCCAUUAUUUUGGAUUGUCCGAUAUCGGAUCAAAUGUUGGAGUGUUUGAGAGGAAAAUCGGCGGAAGUUCUCACUGAAAAAACGAGGGUUUUCCAGUCGCAAAUGUCGAUUGCUCCGUUUGGGCCGGUGGUUGAGAAAGUAGUUACGGAAACGACCUUCUUGCACGAUCAUCCGUAUCGUCUUUUGUUGAAAGGAGAGUUUGCGGACGUUCCUUGGGUUGUAUCCAAUGUUGCGGAUGAAGGAGCCGAGUUUGUCAAAAGUAAUAGGUUUGAUUAUUUAGAGGACAUGUUUGGUUUUUUAGGUGUACACAUGAGUCGAAUAAAAAUGUUGUGGAAAAUGUCAGCACCAAUAAUUUUUGACUUCAGACACUCCAUCGCAAAUAACAAAUGGAACCAUGUUUCCGGAGAAAUCUACAACUUUUACAUAAACAAACUAAACGUUCCGGUAAUCAACGGCAAAAUUUUGGCGCAGAUGAUUGGAGACCGAUUCUUUGUGGUGGACACGGAAACCGCGGUCAGGAUACAAUCAAAACGAUCCAAAUCAAACGUUUACUAUUACCGAUUCCAAUACGCAACAGUUGGCGGUCAAGUAUCACAAGGAAGCGAUACCAGAUUCAUGUUUCCCAACGCUUCCAAAACGAAGCCGACAAAGAACGACUUGUUAAUGAUGGAGCAGUUUCAAAGCAUGCUCGUGUCAUACGCGUCCGAUAGCUUGCCCAAAUUUAAUGAUGCAGUCUGGGAACCGACGGAAGGAGACGAAAUCAAAUAUUUGGAGAUCAUUUCACCAACGAAGUUAGAGAUGAAGACCGAAGUGGAUUUAGACACGUCAGAAUUUUGGAACGGUUUGGGUUUUAGGGAGAAUCAAAAUUUGUUUAGGGAUGACUGAAGUAGCAAAGCAAUCGACUAGAUGUUAGAUUUCGAAUGGUGUUUAUGAGAUUAAUUUCAGACACAAUAAGUUGAUUAACAGCCAGUCAGUAAUUAGAUAUAUCCUUGACCAAUUCUAAUGACAUUUUUUAUAUAAAAUUAUACUAGGCUCAAGCAUUGAAUUUUAUUAGUUUUUUGUGAAAAAACGGGGAGCGACUACUUUUUUGAGUGCAUAAAUUAAAUUUUAUUAUAAUGUU